UGUCAGCAACAGGUUCUACUCUGAGCAACACGGCUGCUAAACGUGAACAUUUCUCCCAUAAUACGGCUCUCCUUGGACAAUAAACCUUCACGGUGUGCGGGGGAAACCGUCCGGAAGUCGUGGAAGAUAAUUUCGGACCCCUCAGAAGCUCGGAAAGUUGAUGUUUUUCGGCCGCUGUGAGAGAGAUGGCUGCGAGCCGUAGCUGAGGACGCCGCCGGGAGUUCCCCCUCUCUGCCUCUGCCACCUGCAAAAAUGAAUGGUGUGUGGGCGAUCUCCCCGGAGGAGAGGGUCAAACAUGAUCAGAAGUUUGACACCCUCUCCCCAUCAAUGGGCUAUGUCUCAGGGGAGCAGGCAAGGAAGUUUUUGCUCCUAUCGGGGCUUCCUGCUUCAGUUUUGGCGGAGAUAUGGGCUCUGGCUGACAUGAAUAAAGAUGGAAAGAUGGACAGGUUGGAGUUCUCCAUCGCUAUGAAGCUCAUAAAGCUAAAACUCCAGGGUACACCGCUUCCCUCAGGACUGCCGAUCAUCAUGAAGCAGCCUCCCGUGCCGGCUCCCAGCCUUAAUAACCCCACCUCAUUGUUGACCAACCCAGCCUAUGGUAUGGCUACUGUGCCUAACAUGUCCAUGAUGACUGGAACAAGCCUUCCAAUGUUUACGCCCAUCUCCAUGGCCACCCCUGGACACUCACUUUUGACUCCAAUGACAGGCUACACCCCUUUGGUUCCUACAGCAACGGGCCUGAGCCCUCUAGUAAUCUCCACCCCCUCCAGGUCGAUGAUGCCCACCAUGGGAAGCGCCACCUUGCCCAACGGCUCCAUUGGACUUCUCGACCCGUACGCAGUUGGAGCUUUGGCCAGUGGCGUACCUCGCUCUGCAUCCCCCUACUCCUCUUCGCUCGGACUCUCCUCUUCUGGUAUGAAGGCCUCAUCCAUGAUGGACCUCGGAUCUAUCGGCUCGGCGUCCUCUUCCCCCUCUGUGAUGUCCCCCAUGGCUACCGUUCCCAGCGACUGGGCCGUGCCUCAUGCCGCCAGGCUCAAAUACAGACAGCAGUUCAACAGCCUGGAUAAACACAUGUCAGGAUACCUCAGUGGUCAGCAGGUGAGAGGUGCCAUGGCGACCACAAUGCUGACUCAGACACAGCUGGCUUCCAUCUGGACUUUAGCUGAUGUGGAUAAGGACGGGAAACUCAAAGCUGAGGAGUUCAUCCUGGCGAUGCAUCUCGUGGACUGCGCAAAGUUUGGACAACCGCUGCCGCUAACACUGCCAACGGAGCUGGUGCCGCCCUCGCAAAGGGCUGCAGUGAAUGGAUCCAGUUCUCUCUAUGCUGCGCUGACUGAUGACUUGGACAUAGAACCGGCACAGAAAUCCAAAUACAACAUGUCGUUUGAGGAUAAAUUCAAAGCCAACCUGGAGCGAGGGAACGCAGAACUGGAGAAGAGACGGCUGACGCUGCAGGAUGCACAGAGGAGGGAGAUGGAGCGGCAAGCUCAGAAGGCGAGAGAGGAGCAAGAGAGGAGAGACAGGGAGGCUCGGGAGAUCGAGGAGAGGAGGAGGAGAGAGGAGGAGAGGAGAGAAAGGGAGGCUCGGGAGAUCGAGGAGAGGAGGAGGAGAGAGGAGGAGAGGAGAGAAAGGGAGGCUCGGGAGAUCGAGGAGAGGAUGAGGAAAGAGGAGGAGAGCAGGCUUGAGCGACAGAAAGAAUUGGACAGGCAGAAAGAAGAAGAGAGACUGAGAGAGAUGGAGAGAAAAGAGGCUGCACAGCGGGAGCUCGAGCGUCAGAGGAAGGAGGAGUGGGAGAGGAGGCGGCGAGGGGAGCUCCAGAUGAAGAAGGUGCAGGGCCAGGACGACAUCACCAGAUUGAAAGCGAAGAAGAUGAGUCUUGAGAUGGAGCUGGAGGCCGUGGGUAACAAGCACCGUCAGAUCUCAGACCGACUGCAAGACUUUCAGAACAAGAAGAAGCAUCAGAAGACGGAGCUGGAUCUGACCAUUCAGAGGAAAGAGACUCGCCAUCAGGACAUUACCGUCCUCCAGAAAGAGCUGGAGGAGUUCCAGAGGAAGUUGUCCCAGCUGACUCCGGAGCAGAAGAGACUGACUGAGAAACUCAGAAACAUGUCUGUACAUAACUUGCCUGUGUCGAGUGUGUCGUCCCUGAAGGUGGGCGUCACAGAGAAGAAAGGGACUUGUCUGAAACUGCGAGAGCAGCUGGACGUCCUGGAGAGAGAGACGGCUGCCAAACUGUCUGAGAUGACCAAGUAUCACAAAGAUAUGCAGGAAAUGACAGGAAGCCAGAGAAAACAACAGGCGUCUCUUGAGAAUUUACGGAGCAUCAAAGAAGACAAACGGCGUGAGCUGAGUCGAAGGAAGGAAGAAGAAGAGCAGACGAGGAGGAGUAGAGAAGAGAGGAAAAAGCAGGAGGAGGAUGAAGCUCAGAGGCUUCUUAAAAUAGAAAAAGAGCACCAGUGGCAGGAGAAGCUAAGGAAGGAUGAAGAGGAGCGUCAGAGGAGGCUUCAGGAAGAGAAUGAGGCCAAAAAGAGGGAGGAGGCGGAGAGAGAGAGACAGGCUCUCAUCCAGGCUGCCAAGGAGCAGGCUGAGCGAGAGCUCAGGGCGAAGGAGGAGGUCGAGCAAAAGAGAAGAGAGAUGGUGGAGAGGAAGAAAAAAGAAGAGGAGGAGCGGCAGAAGCAAGCGGAGAGAAGGAGGCAGGAGGACGAGAGGAGGCAGCUCGAGGAGGAGAGGAGGCAGCUCGAGGAAGAGAGGAGGACACUUGAGGAAGACAGGAGGAAAGAGGGGAAGAGACGGAAAGAGGACGAUGAGCAACGCAAGAGGGAGGAAGAGAGGAAGCUGUUGGAGGAGGAGCGCAGAGAGGAGGAGCGCAGAAGAGAAAAGGAAGAAGAGGAGAGAAGGAGACAGAGGGCGGCUGUGGCCGCCGUCCGAGAUGCAGAGGAGAGGAGAAAUCAAGAGGACGACAGAAAGAAGAGGGAGGAGGAUGAGAGGAGACAGAGGGAUGAAGACAAGAGGAGGCUUCAGCAGCAGCAGGAUGAGGAUAGGAGGAAGCGUGAGGAGGAACGAAAGAGGGUGGAGGAGGAGAGGAAGAGGAAACAGGAGGAAGAGGAGAGGAGAAAAGCAGAGGAGGUGAGAAAGAGAAAGGAGGAGGCGUCUCGUCAGCAGCACCCCCCGGCGGUCGGAGGGAGGAAGGUGGAUAUUCAGUCGAAACUGGCCGCUCUGAUGAGAGGAGUGGAGGAGAGGAAAGGUGGACAGCCCAGGGCCACGCAGCACAGGAAGUCUGCCGCCCUCACAUCUUUCAAAGCCCUCUACCCGUUCAACGCCCGAAACAAUGAAGAGCUCAACUUCAACGCGGACGAUCUGAUCGAGGUCGACGAGUCGUUGGAGCGGGAGGAAGGUUGGCUGUACGGCAGCCAACAGGGGAAGAUGGGCUGGUUCCCAGAGAGCUACGUGGAGAGAGUGGCCCCGUCAGACACGGCGAACGCCGCCGCCGCCGCCGCCGCUCCUAUAGUGCCGCUCCAGUCGCAGCUUUCCAGUGCGCUGGAGGGCAUGAAGGCAGCAGGCACUAAAUCUGCCUUCACGCCAACGCACUCUCCAAACCCCGCGCCCUCUGAGACACAGGGACAGCGGGUGGUGGGUAACCUGCAGGCCCAGGCCCUGUGUUCGUGGACGGCAAAGACGGACAGCCACCUGAACUUCAACAAGGACGACGUCAUACAGGUGUUGGAGAAGCAGGAGAAUUGGUGGCUGGGAAAGCUGAACAGUGAACAGGGCUGGUUCCCCAAAACAUAUGUGACAGUGCUGGGAGAAGAGGAGAGCUCAGACAUGAAGAGCUCCCCUCCUGAUGCUUCGGAGUCUAGCGACAGCCUUCAGCUCGAAGAAUACACGGCGCUGUACACCUACGACUCCCCGGAGCUCACGGAUCUGACGUUUGGAGAGGGAGAUUUGAUCUUGGUGAGCAAGAAAGAUGGAGAGUGGUGGCACGGCUCCAUCGGCGCCAGCGCCGGCGUCUUCCCCAGCAACUACGUCAAGCCGAAGGAGUCGGAUACAUCCAGCAUAUCUGGAAAGAAGAAAGAGAUCGCCCAGGUGAUCAGAGCCCGCCCCUCUGCCAGCCCUGAGCAGCUGAAUCUGGAAAACUCCCAGCUCAUCCUCAUCCUUGGCAAGAACGCCUCCGGCUGGUGGCUCGGAGAACUGCAGGCCCGUGGUAAGAAGCGUCAGAAGGGCUGGUUUCCUGCCUCUCAUGUCAAAAUACUGGGAUCCAACAGCGGCAAGUCCACGCCAGCCCCCCAACCAGUCUGUCAGGUGAUCGCCAUCUACGACUACACGGCCGCCAACGGGGACGAGAUGAGCUUCUCCAAAGGUCAGCUGAUCAACGUGUUUGACAAAAGCGACCCCGACUGGUGGAAAGGGGAGGUCAACGGGGUCACUGGUCUCUUCCCCACGAAUUACGUGAAGAUGACCACGACGGAGUGCGACCCCAGCCAGCAGUGGUGUGCAGACCUAAACAGCCUGGACUCCUUGAGUACUCAGGAGAAGAGGAGGCAGGGUUACAUCCAUGAGCUGAUUGAGACGGAGGAGAAAUACAUGGAAGACUUGCAGAUUGUUCUGGAGGUUUUCCAGAAGCCGAUGUCCGAGUCGGGUCGGCUGAACGACGCGGAGAUGGCCAUGAUCUUCGUCAACUGGAAAGAACUGCUGGCCUGCAACUCCAAAUUUCUCAAGGCGCUCCGUGUGCGUAAGAAGAUGGGUGGGGAGAACAUGCCGGUGCAGAUGAUCGGAGACAUCCUGGCCGCGGAGCUGUCCCACAUGCAGCCCUACAUCCGCUUCUGCUCCUGCCAGAUCAACGGCUCCAUGCUGCUGCAGACGCGCAUCGACAGCGAGCCCAACUUUAAGGACUUCCUCAAGAAAAUUGCCACAGACUACAGGUGUAAAGGCAUGCCGCUGUCCAGCUUCCUGCUGAAGCCCAUGCAGAGGAUCACACGCUACCCGCUGCACAUCAAAAACAUCCUGGAGAGCACCGGAGAGGGCCACUCUGACCGAGACCCUCUUAAAGAGGCUCUGGAGAAAGCGGAAGAACUCUGUCAACAGGUCAACGAGGGCGUGAGAGAGAAGGAGAACUCUGAACGACUGGAAUGGAUUCAGAACCACGUUCAGUGUGACGGUGCUACAGAGCACCUGGUCUUUAACUCUCUCACCAACUGUUUGGGCCCCAGGAAACUUCUCCACAGUGGCAAGAUGAACAAGGUGAAGAGCAACAAGGAACUUUCGGCUUUCCUCUUCAGCGACUUUCUGCUUUUGACUCACGCGGUAAAGCAGUUCACGUCGUCCGGGCCCGAUAAGCUGUUCAGCAACAAGAACAAUGUACAGCUCAAGAUAUACAAGCCGCCGGUGCUGCUCAAUGAAGUUCUGGUGAAGCUGCCGGAUCCUUCGAGCGACGAGCCCACUUUCCACAUCUCGCACAUCGAUCGAGUCUACAUACUCAGGACCGACAACAUCAAUGAACGGACGGCUUGGGUUCAGAAGAUCAAGGCUGCGUCUGAAGAAUUUAUUGAAACAGAAAAGAAAAAAAGGGAGAAGGCCUAUCAAGCCCGAUCUGUGAAGGCGAGUGGAAUCGGCAGACUUCUUGUCACCAUCUUGGAGGCCACUGAGCUCAAAGCAGGCAAACCCAAUGGUAAAAGUAACCCGUACUGUGAGGUGACCAUGGGGGCUCAGAUAUUCACGUCCAGAACGCUCAACGACACUCUGAACCCCAAGUGGACUUUUAACUGCCAGUUCCACAUCAAGGACCUCUACCAGGACGUCCUCUGCAUCACCAUCUUUGAAAGAGACCAGUUUUCACCUGAUGAAUUUCUGGGUCGGACCGAGGUUCCCGUGGCAACCAUUAAGAAAGAGUUGGAGAACAAGGGACCAGUCACGCGUCGUCUUCUGCUGCACGAGGUUCCCACAGGGGAGGUGUGGGUCCGCCUGGACCUGCAGCUCUUUGCCAACAAAUAGACUUGUAGGAUGGACCGAGAAUCAUAAUCCGACCGAGAUUUCCAAAUGAGGAUAUUUCCCACCAAAUGAGACUUUUGCUUUUUGUCUCCUGACCAACGUCGAAUGGUUCCACCUCCACAACCCCAAAUCAAACAACACACCCCUGAGCUGAACAUGCCUUAAGAUUUCAAUAUUAACCAGCACUAAUAAUCUGAAUCUUCCAGUAAGCGUAUGCCAUCAUCUGAACCCACCAAUAGCAGUAUGAUUUCUCCUCUUUUUUUCUGGCUCAUGACCUCAGAUAGAAUGCGGUAGCGCAGCUGCAAGCUACUGUUUGCAGCAGUUUGCAGCAGCACCACAUGAACCGUGCUCUCGGGGUCAAAGAACCAACUACAGCCUGGCUCGUGAAGCUGAAUCUGGGUCUUCUGCUGUAUGAAUGUGUAGCCCGCAGAAGGAGGUAGACCUGGACAAAGACUCUUCAGAAACAAAUAGUCAUAAGAUUAAUAAAUCGAUACAAUAUAAAGGCUCUUAUCUAUCUUAACAGCUCCGUAUCUCAUUGACAACAGCUGGACUUUCAGUGAUUGAGGCCGAUUUGCCACGUCUGGUCAGCCGAGGCCGUUUGAUGGGUUGCGGUGUUUUCUCUCAACGUACGGGACGUGUAUAGGUCGGCUUCUCGUGAAUGGUGACCCUGCAACCUUUUGGAGUUAAUUGAUAAACCCCCGGCCUUGAGUCAAGUCUUCUUUUUAGUCUUUUUAAAAUCCAUCAGUUUCUAAAACCGUUUAGGUUGAUGUUGGUCUCUGUGAUAUUUUUUAUUUUCAUUCUGUGUGCAGAAUCAUCCCAGAACAAGUUGGUUGGAUGGCAAGUUGUUUUCGGUGGCAGAGUGCCGCCGGUAUAAAUAACCUGUACGCUGAACACCGUGAACUCGCUUUACGGCUGAGUCGGCGCUUCCUGCCUUUUCAGUGCGGAGGACUUUGAGGACUUUGAGGCGAUGCAGAUCGACUGUAUCUGCUCACUUUUAUUUUGACUUCACUUUCCUCCCAUCAGACAGAUGAUGUCAUCCUCCAGUCCUCCGCCUCACUGACUGCAAUAGUGUUCAUCUCCGUUGCCUCCAGAAGUUGCCCUUCAUAAACACCCAUGAACACGUCACAAGGAUGUCGUGCGUCAAAGCUUUUUCAUCUAUCCCGUCGGUCGACUUCUCGUUGUCCUUCUACAUCCGGUUUCUUUUCUAACGGAGCGCAGCACUUCCUGCUGCUGCUCUCCGUGUCACACCCAAAAAAAGCUGUUGUAUUUAUUUCUUAAUUUAUGCGCGUGUGACUAUCCAAAGGUGUGUUGCGGCUUCGCUUGCUGUGUCCUUGUGGAUAAUCGGUUGGUACACUGGAUUUGUUGUUUUGUGUGAGCUCAACUCUUGAAGCUGUUCCGGGGACACAUGUCGAUACUGUUCCGAAAGCAAAGGAGUUUUACUGUAAGAAGACGAGGUCCCCGGGCGCUUGUUACGCCUGCUGUUUUGUACACUUAAAUUGUUUUUUUCUAUUCAUAAAACUCAAGUUUUCAAGUCCUGCAUUAACCUUUUUAUGUUCUGUUGAAUUUUGGAAAAUGUGCAAAUAGACUGCACAAAGAUCCUCUUCUGUGUAGGGUGUUGAAUUUUGCUUUUAAUUUUAAUUUUCUGCAGCGUUGUGCGUUGACUGCUGCUGUGCUAACGGAGAUAAAGACCUCUCGAGGUCGACCUGGAGUCUGUAACCUGCUGUUUGUACUCACUUUGGCCUCCAUGUGGCGCUCUCUGAAUCAGGGUUUCUUAAGUCAAAAUAAAGAUCUAUUAAAAGUGAACAAA